UCAAUACUUGAGCACAUUCUUAUUUGCAUUCCAAUCGAUUUUGUACAUUCAGCAAACAAUAAGUGCGGUAGCUGACAGACAUGGCAACACUGCCAUCCUUUUGAUAGAGGCUGUGAUAUCUUCAUCCAUCGUACUGAUUUGUAUGAAGAUGUUGCUUAUGAUUCAUCUGAAGAUCCCGCUCGCAUCGUUAAGACAGUUCAUCGACAGCAACCGAAUCUACUCUGGAGAUAAAACCUACGAUGAGCGCGUGUUCAGCAAGUUCCACAAUUCGGCUCGAAAGAUCCCACAAGUCGUAUUUGCGCUAAUAGGCCUUGAAACCAUUUUGUUAUCAAUUCCGAGCAGUGCUCGGAAAGCAGUUUUCAAACUGCCUCAUCAACUGAUUGGAGCUGGAAAACACGUGUCGUUUUUGGUAAAUUUAUUGUACUUCGGACGCUUACCGCUAGGAAUGUGCCCAAGAUUUUUCACCAAUUUGGGGAGCCUUGGAGCGUUGCUCAUGGGAAUGCGGGCGAAGUUAAAAAUACUGGCACAUCGUUAUCAGCAGACGUUUGCUCAUCUUGGGCUAGAUGAAAAGCAAUACUUUGCAUACAUGAAGCUGGAGAUGCGCGAAAUCAUGGACCAACAGCUAGAGUUUUGGAGGAAUUUGAACAUCCUGAAGGAUAUGGUUGGGAAAGCGUUCUGCCUGGUCCAUUACUUUUCAAUCUAUGCCAUCGGUACAAUGCUAUACGUGUCUAAGAUUAUGGGCCUCAACGCAACGUCUGUAAUGCUCGUGGCCUCCACUGCUUGGCUGCUGUUGGAAUACUACGUAUGGUGUCGUCUGGUGGAAUCACUUAAGGAAGAGGCUGAAUUAGUUGCGCUCGAUAUCUUCGAAAUUUGCUGUUUGAUGCCCUACAAUAGAGAACAUGCUGUACAAUAUACUCAGCAGAGAACUUCUCUGAUGAUAUCGUGGAUCAGCAUGAACAAUGGUUUGACUAUGGACUGUCUGGGAUUGUUUCAGAUAUCGACAAUUGGUUUCGUUGAACUGUUAAAUGUUGUUUACACGGUGGUGACAUUUUUGAUCAAUGUGAACUGAACGCAUGUGAAUGUAUCAUGAGUGCUUAUUUCCGCUGUGAAUUAGUGGUACGA